AUGGUGUUGCCUCUUUCUUCGUCUGAUCCUCCGUCUCAUCCUCCGCACCUCCUGAAACCCACAAGAAAAAUCAUCUCUUUUUCACGCACUCACAGCAACAACAGCUUCGGUAGAUCACCAUCCCACAGCUGCAAUGGACUAACGUUUGUUCGCAGUAAGAAACCUCUGAGUGAUCUCAAUGCCUGGGGAAUUGGAGGACCCUGCAAUUAUUUCGUCCAAGUCUUUGAUCAAUCUCAGCUUACUACUGCCAUAAGGUAUUGUAGGGAGUAUUCCUUGAGGUUUAUGAUCAUCGGCAAAGGCUCAAAUUGUCUCUUUGAUAACAUGGGAUAUGAUGGUUGUGUUAUCCUCAACUGGAUUGAUUUCUUGGAAAAGAUUAGAUCGGUUGGCUACAGAGUUGGAAGGGGCUAUCCAUUUAAUCGGUUAGGGGUGCAAUCUGCAACUGAAGGAUUAUCAGGGCUGGAGUUUGCUAGUGGAAUCCCUGGAACUGUUGGUGGUGCUGUGGCUUUGAUUUUACUACGAUGAAGAAUUCAAUUGCACCAAUAUAACAUAUUGUCUAAACUGGUGACGGUAUAGUUCAACAAAGAAGUCCAAGACUAGGCGAGUUGGCGAAAUGUUCUAGCAGACCCUUUUUUUUUUCGGUUUUGAAUGAUUAAUUUCAUUUUUUUUUUCUGGAAAUGCUAACUGAUGGAUUUACAUGUGUUUCUUAAUGAAGGAAAUUGCUGAUGCAAUUGAUACUGUGGAAAUUAUAACAUCUGAUGGCGAAUAUCAGAUUCUCCACCAGAGAUAAGCUCACGUUGGGGUAUCGAUCAUCCAUAUUUCAAGACAUGAAGAACUUAGCUGCCAUUGUUGCAGUCGCUUUUCGAUUGAAUAACUUGGAAUCAGCGAGAGAUAAGCAGCAAGAAUAUUUGGAAAG